AUGGACGUGGACCUGUGGGAGAAUCCGGAUACAACUAUUGAUGCUUCCUUCUGUGGCACAGUGACCGGUCCAGAGAUCAAAUGCAAGCUACACCAAUUUAGGGGCAACAAAUAUGUUGCAUUCAAUGGAAUAAACACGGGUAGAAGAUUCUAUGGCUGUGCUAGGCAGGGAGGUAUUGACUGUGGAGUGAUUCAGUGGGCUAAUGGUCCCUGGCUUGUCAUACUUCAGAGCUGCCUAACAAAACUUGACAUGGUUGAUGAUGUUGGCAAGCUUUUUGAUUGGCAAGAUGGAAAGGUGCAGCAUAUGGAACAUCAGAAUGCAACACAUCAUGCUGAAGAUGUCAAGACAAAGCUUACAGUGUUAGAGGAGCAGUGCAAGAUGGAGCUAAAGAUGGAGAAGACGAAGCUGACUUAA